AUGGUAGCAGAGACAGCUAGCUUGAAGACUAACACAUUCGUGGCAGCAGAGAGCGGCUACAUCGCAAAUGACGAGGGUAUCAUGCCUUCUAGAACACGCACAUUAGCUCCUAGUCGACCUAUAGCAGAAGGUCACAAACCUCCAUGGUCAGAACUGUGGUGCAGGACUUAUCCUGACAAUAAUAUGAAACCGGACGGCACACCAGGGCAUAUUACUAAGAGCCUCAAGCAUGUCACCUGCGAGACCAUGAGUGGCUCCUCCGAGUCUGAAUCGAAGAGCAGUGAUAUCUUGUCCUCUUCUGACACCAAUCCCAGACAACCCCAAUCAACUACGACAUCCUCACCUCCCACAUCUGUGGCACCCAGUAGCUCUCCAGCCAAAAGUACUGGUUCUCCUGUUAUGUCUGUCAAUGACCAUACAUUUCACAUCCAAUGGGGUAGCCAUGUCAACUUGGGAAAAUGUCUUGUUCAAGAUUCCCAUAAGUGUUCCGCUCAGUAUGCCUUAUUUCAAAAUGGCACGUGUGAUGAGGAUUGCAACUUGCCGACAAAGAGAUUAAAGACCUUACACACAACGUGGAACUUUACUGCCGCCUCCACUGAUGCUACAAACUACCUCAACCAGCGCAUGCUUGAGCUCUCUCGGAUAACUCGCCAAGCUAUUGCUGCGAGGAUCCACUACCAAUUCCUUUGCUCCCAUGAACUUGAUUUAAUAAAGUCUAUCCUCAAAGACGAAACCAAGCUGUGCCAGACACAGUUGAGUGGAGUUGACAUGCAAAUUGGCUCCAUUCGGAAUAUGCUCGAGGCUCAGGGGGUCACAGCGACAGGGAAUACAGAUUCUAGGUUUGACCCUGGCAAUGCUGGGCUUUGGUACAGAAGCCUAUCUGAUGAAGAAUCACUUGUAAUUGCCGCAACAUCACAUGGCAGCUCAGCCUGCCUGCAGUCCAAUGACUCGGAUGUAUCACACAAUCCAAUUACUAUGGAUUUGGACUUGUCAAAGUUAAGUUCGCAGCCUAUUGCCCUGAAGAUGUCCGGUGAGGACCGCAAGUCUUAUAUGAAUCAACGAAGGGCAGAACUCUAUGAUCCAACACAGCCCUUUGGAUACUAUCUACACGGCAAACAAGAAACUCCGACAUCUACCGAUGUGCUUGUGUUCGCACAUCCAGCUGUCCAAGGUGUUCAUAUGGCACACUGGUAUGAAAGCAAGAAAUCCCCGCUUUGUGACAGAGAGAUGAGGUCGUUGAUGUCGACCACGACCAUUCACAUGCUCUCAGGGUCAGCAACAGCAAUCAGGUAUGUCAUCGAUCGGCAUCCCGAUGAUCAACCCUCCGCAUCGAAGAACACGCUCCAGUACUCUACCGAGUUAUAUUCAGGCGAGCAGGACUUGAUUACAAAUGCGAUGGCAUAUACCCUUCAGACAGAUAUACAUUGUGAGCCAUUUGAGAGGCAUUUACUGGGUCUUCAUCACAAUGGGCUUCAGGCCCUGCACAAGAUGCUGAAAAUUCUGCCUCCUCAGAUUCCAAUCUACGUACCUGUGACGACGGGGGAGUUAAGCAUACCACGCCCAAUUUCCAUUUUGUCACCGCUCGUGCAAAUGAGUGAUCAAGUGCCCUCGAUGACAGUACAACCACAGAUGACAGUGCAACCGCAGAUGAUGGAGUUAACACAGACUCCGGACUUAGAUGACUUCAAUUUCAGUUCAUGGUUGUCUGACUUGUCAGAGGAGCAGCCCACGGCCUCUGGGUCAAGCUCCUCAAUGAUACGGAGUCUCGAGUCUGCGGCCAAUACCGGCCAUCGCCGGAUGCAUAGUCGCGAUGUAGGACUAUUUUCUCGCGGUGGCAUAUCAUGGAUCAUCGGGUAA